UGAAGGAACUGCACACCAAGCGUGUUCAGUCGUUACGAAAGGAACUUGACUAUCUUAAGGCAACGGAGUGGAGAUAUCAGCCUAUAGAUCGAUACUUAAAUACGAGUCAAAGAAGCUAAUAUGUUGUCGUUAAUCUACAAUGGAAUUCAGUAUGCUCUUAAAUAUGCAUAUUCAAAGACUGAAGAAGACAUAGAUGAAAUAAUAUCUCGUAUAAAGAGUACAAAUGAGGAAGAAGGAGAGGAUGAUAUAGGUGUAGAAGAUUUAUUAAACGAAGCAGGAAGUUACUAUAAAACAGGAGUUAUCACUCUUGUUUCCACAAAUUAUGUUCUCAUUGAUGAUUGCUACACAUAUGAAAAUGAUCUCACUCACAAUCUGAAAGUAGGCGAUAAAGUUUAUUACAUGUUGUAUUUGCGCGAUUCAAAUGGUGAGCCAAAAGUAAAGAAAAUUAUUUCUGUGAUAAAUGAAACAUCCUGGGAUAAUGAAAAUCAAUUAAUAAAAACUAAUGUGAUCCACAAUCCUAUGAUAUCAAGAAAUGUAAUUGCCAAAGUGACAAAACGUGAAGGUCGAUAUGCCAUAGUCGAACCAAAUAAUAUUCGCAUUGACUUGAGUAAGGUAGAAGCCAACUUCAUUCCACUAGUUGGAGAUUGGUUGACAUUAGAGUCUUUGGUACAACUGGAUGAUAAUUCUACGGAUUUGAGUGGGGAAAUCUUAGAAGUAGAUAGGAUCAAGCCAUUACGGUCUUAUGAACAUGUCGGUGUGAUAUCACAAUAUAAUUCAGAAAGAGGAGUUGGAGUAAUUGAUAAGAAUGUGAUAUUUCAUAAAAAUGCAUGUGAGCCUGGUUAUAUUCCUCACGUUGGCGACAAAAUACAGAGUUACAGCACAGAAAGUGAUCAAGGGCUGUACAGCUGGAGAUCUAUAACUGUAAUUCCAAUGUUGGAGCUUUCCAAGAAGUCUAUUCCGUUGUCGGUCAACAACAAUCUUUUUUCGAUUUCAUCAGAUUGCGGUGAUUUACUCAAUAACAAAAAUGACAUCAUUAUAGAUGAUGAGUUGAAAUUUAAUUUAGAUAUACAAAACGAGAGUACUUUGGAGGUUUUGAUAAAAAAUACUGGCACUUGUUCUCGUGUAUUGCAAGGUGGAGUUUUUAUGUCGCAGAAAACGUUGUCUCAAGUGUCACUAGUGUCACCGGCAAAUGUAAAUACUAGUACAGUAAUAAAUCCCUCGGAAAGUGUUACGUACACCUUCAAGUGUGAGGCAAAAUUUGUUGGUAUAUCCGAGGAAGUGUUCAUUUUCAAAUUCGAGGACUUCGAAAUCGGUAGAUUGUUUCACAUAACUGUUAAUGCAAAAACUAUUUCAAAAAAAACGGAAUCUGUUGCGCAAAGAAAUAACACGAAAAUUAAUUUGUUUGAUUUGGAUGAGCUAAGCCAAACUACAUAUAUUCCUGGUAUAAAGCCAUACACACCACCUAAGUUUACGGCAAUGCGAGCUGGAGUGUUUAAAGUACCCCGAUAUAUCUGGGACGCAGUUUUGAAGAUUAUGAAGGAUAUAAGCUCAGAUAUGGAAUGUAUAACUGCUGUUGAAGAUCAAAUAGCUUGUCUUCGAAAACCGCUCACUUACGAAACAUACAGAGAACGUUUCCAUACGUUGCUAUAUCUGGAAGAAAUAGCUCAAGUACUUAAUAUACAACAAUAUAACAUGGAAAAUGUAGUUUUGCGACGAUACGGGGAGUAUCUGUCACUUCAAGUGCCAGGAUUAACCGAAAAACGACCUUCUUUGCUUGUUGGUGAUAAAGUGAUAGUAUCUUUUCAGUGGGACAGCUCUAAAGGGAAAUUAAAAUAUGAAGGCUACAUUCACAAAAUUACGGGUACCGACAUCUUUCUCAAAUUUAACGAAAGAUUUCAUCAAGAAUAUCACAGUGAGAAUUGUCACGUGACCUUUAGCUGUUCAAUGACCACUAUUCACCGUUGUCAUAACGCUAUCAAUUUAGCUAUGAAUCGUCUCGGAUCUGAUUUUCUAUUUCCUACCAAAAUAUCACAAAAAGAACCACAAGUGUACUUUGACGAAUACGAGACCGAAGAAAGAUCCACUUGUAGACGGAUUCGUCGUAAGCAUACCGAAUCUAUAUCUUCUAGCAAUUCCGAUUCCUGUAAUAGUAUUACGUCUUUCGAUGAUACAAGCUUUGACAGUACAACCAAAUCUUCAAGAGUGUCGGUAGCGGAAAGGCUUUUCCAUGUUAAACCUAUUAAACCAUCAGUUGGUGAAGCAAGAACAACGGCACAAAUAGACACAAGCCAGAAUUUUAAAACAAAUCCAACAAAGAACACUGAUGAAAAUAAAAUUAAUACCACAAUAUCGAGGGAAAUAGACGAAUCAGUUACUCAGAUUAAUGAUGAACAAAAACAGAAUAUUAUUGCAUUAAAGAAACGGAAAUUAAAAUGGUUUAACAAAAAACUGAAUUAUUAUCAAAAAGAAGCUGUGAAAAACAUAUUGAAAGGAGUGGCACGCCCGUUUCCCUAUGUAAUAUUUGGUCCACCUGGAACUGGAAAAACAGUGACUCUUUGCGAAACAAUUUUACAAAUUCUGAUUGAGAUACCUGAAAGCAGACUUCUUGUGGCAACACCAUCAAACAGUUCAGCAAAUUUAAUAGCGGAACGAUUGCUGGAUGCCAAUGUACUUAAACCUGGUGAUCUGGUUCGACUGAUAGCUCAUCAUUGUUUGGAUAGCGAUGUUAUUCCCGAAAUAUUAUUACCUUAUUGUGCUACGGCUGAAAUGGAUAUAUGUAAGAAUAAUAGUCAGAUUUAUAACGAGAACGGACCGAGAUUGAACUGCACUAUGUCCGUUCUGGGUCGUCACAGAAUCACUAUCGGCACGUGCGCUGCGGUGGGAAUAUUACACCACAUGUCUUUUCCACGUGAUCAUUUUUCGCACGUUUUGAUCGACGAAGCGGGUCAAGCAACCGAGCCGGAGAUCUUGAUUCCGCUGAAUUUCAUUCAUUCCAGCAGCGGCCAAGUUAUACUUGCGGGUGAUCCUAUGCAACUCGGGCCCGUUGUACUGAGCAAGUUUGCGAAAUAUUUUGGAUUAGGCGAAUCUUUCCUGUCGAGAUUAUUGCAUCAAUUCCCUUACCAAAAGGAUCCUGAAGGAUUUGAAAGUGGCUACGAUCCCAGACUUGUCACGAAACUCAUUGUGAACUAUCGAAGCUUGCCAGAGAUACUAGAAUUGCCAAACUUGAUGUUUUAUGAUUCAGAAUUACAACCUCACAUAUCGCCUGAAACGAGCAAGGAAGCUAAAUUAUUGAAAAUUCUGAGAGCAGAACUACCCGAGAGAGAUGGAUUACCACCGGCCAUAAUCUUCCAUGGUGUCAAUGGUCAGAACUGCAAAGAUGUUGAUAGUCCAAGUUGGUACAAUCCCGAAGAAGCAACACAAGCAUAUAUUUAUUUAUUAAAGUUGUAUAAAUAUGGGCUUGAGCCAGAUGAUAUUGGAAUCAUAACUCCUUAUCAGAAACAGGUAUUCCAAAUCAGAGAUUUGUUGACGGAGUUAGAUGUUAAAUUACCGAAAAUCAGCAGUGUGGAAGGAUUUCAAGGUCAAGAAAGAAAAGUGAUUAUUCUCUCGGUUGUCAGAUCGUGUCAGGACUUAAUCGACAACGACAUCAAACACGCUCUAGGAUUUGUCGCUUCACCCAGAAGACUUAACGUUGCAAUCACUCGUGCUCAGGCACUGCUUAUUAUUCUAGGAAAUCCCAAUUUACUUGUUUUAGAUCCCCUUUGGAGAACUGUUCUGACAUAUUGUAUCGAUCGUAAUGCAUAUAUAGGAUGUAAUUUUGUCUCUCCUUAUAUAACAAAUCUCCAAAGCACAAAUGAAAUUUUGUCAACUACUGAGAAAUCAUGUGAUUCUUAACACUAGUUACAAGUGUUUGUUCACUAAAAGCCUAACUUAAUCGGCUUAUCGUCUAUCGAUAGAUUCUCGAUAGUGUCCGUACUCAAAACCCAUUCGUUACUAAAUAAUGUUGCAAUAAACCUUCAUUUGCUAUUUCUAUUUAGUUUUUUCACGAAAUACUGUAUAUUUCUCUUUUUGCACGAAAUACAGUAAAAUUUUACAGAAUAGAUAUGAAUGUAAGUUGUAAUAUACAAAAAUCCUUAUUUACCUCCAAAACUUAUGUGUAUUUAUAGACACGCUUCGUAAAAAAUCUCCGAUCAAGUAUCAUCGUUAAUCCAAUUAGAAGUGGAUUAAGCAGGAAGAAAUGAUAUAUAUUUCACAUCAACUAAUUAUAUUUAUAAAUCUGUCAUUUUCGAUGAUAGAGAGAAAUAGACAAAAUUGACGGUUUUUAAAAGAAGAUUACGCGAUAAACAUCAUGUAUAAUAAAUAGAAAUGCGACAGUCUCUUUUUACACAAAAAAAUGGUUUGUCAUAUUUGUUUGUAUAGUAUCGAUUUUGACUAUUGAAUAAAAAUACAUUCAUUUCAUGCCGUAUCCAAAUGUAAUUUUCAUUAUCAUCCUUUCCUUUCGUAUUCGGGAGAAGUUACAUGGUUGCUUCACAGAUCCGAAGCUUUUU